GAUAUGACGCUUAAUGCUAUUUGCAGCCAAAUUUCAACAACAAAACAGGCAAGUAAUGUUUCCAUAAAGUCUUCAAAUUGCAAAUUUCUUCCGGAAAAAUUAUUUCCAGAACUUUUCGAUAAUGCUAUGGGUCUUUGUAAUAAAACUAAGGCACAUUUAAUUAUUAAACCAAACUGUCAACCUGUUUUUCGAUCUAAGCGCCCGGUAGCAUACGCAGUUCAACAUUUGGUUGAAGAAGAAAUUAAGCGACUUCAAGAUCUCGACAUUAUCGCACCCAUCAAUUACUCUGACUGGGCCGCACCAAUAGUAGUUAUCAAAAGGCCAAAUGAUAGCAUUCGUAUUUGCGCUGAUUUUUCAACUGGUCUUAACGACGCGCUUGAAUCUUACAAGUAUCCACUACCGCUUCCAGAGGAUAUUUUUGCAAAAAUUAGCAAUGCAACAGUAUUUAGUCAUAUAGACCUUUCGGACGCUUUUCUCCAAAUCGAAGUUGAUAGCAAAUCGCAAGAACUUCUCACAAUAAAUACGCAUCUAGGUUUAUUCAAAUACAACCGUAUGGUAUUUGGCGUCAAAACUUUUCCGGCAAUUUUCCAACAAAUUAUGGAUAAAAUGCUUGCGGGCUUACAUUGCGCAGCUGCUUACAUUGACGAUAUCUUUGUCUCAGGUAGAAACCAACAAGAGCAUGGCAACAACUUACAUGAAGUUCUACAACGUUUUUAUCAAUACGGGUUUAAACUCAAGAUCGCAAAAUCCAAUUUUUCAGUUCCUAAAAUUGCUUACUUGGGAUAUAUUGUCAGUAAAGACGGCAUUCGCCCAGAUCCAAAAAACAUUGAAGCAAUCAAGACAAUGCCUGCGCCAACCAAUCAAUCCGAACUUAGAUCACUCUUAGGUGCUAUCAAUUUUUAUGGAAAAUUCAUAAAUCACAUGCGCAAAUACCGCGGACCAUUAGACGAACUACUUCAAAACAGCAAGCAGUGGCAAUGGACGGAACUUCAUCAACGCUAUUUGGAUGGUUUCAAGCAAAUUUUGUCAUCAGAGUUAUUAUUAGCGCAUUACGAUCCACUGAAAAACAUAAUUGUCGCUGCAGAUGCAUCUAACUAUGGGCUCGGAGCUUGCAUUUUUCAUGAAGCUGACGAUGAAAAUCAUAAGCCUCUUCUAGCUAUAUUUGGUGAUAAAACUGGAAUUAAGGUGCAUCAAGCAAAUAGACUUCAACGUUGGGCAAUUAAACUGAUUGCAUACGACUUCGAAUUAAAGUUUAUUUCAACUAACAGUUUUGGGUAUGCAGACGUUUUAUCACGACUCAUACAUAACACAAUCAAUCCUUCAGAAGACUAUGUCAUCGCUGCAGUAGAGUUUCAAAUUGAAAGCAAACAAAUUUUACAUAACUCACUUGAUAAGCUGCCGCUUACCAGCAAAAUGAUUACUUACGAACCAGCUAAGGACAAGGUUUUAGCUAAAAUUCUCGAAUAUGUAACUGAAGGAUGGCCAUCAAACUGCAACAUCAGUGAGUUAAAAGCUUACUUUAACCGAAAAAACGACAUAUGUAUAGUUGACGGAUGUUUAAUGUUCGGACAACGCAUUAUUAUACUUCAAAUUUUCCGAAAGCGCAUUCUUAAAGAAAUUCACCGAGGUCAUCAAGGCAUAGGUCGUACUAAAGCCAUCGCGCGGAACUACGUUUAUUGGUCAAAUAUCGAUUACGAUAUUGAAGCAAUGCAUCCUUGGCCAAAACCUUCUGAUUCUUGGGAACGGCUCCAUAUUGAUUAUGCAGGACCAAUAGAUUCAUACUACUAUUUGGUCGUAAUCGAUGCGUUCUCAAAAUGGCCAGAAAUUAUACAAACAAAAUCUAUAACAGCAACUCAAACAAUUUCCAGCUUGAAAGAAAUUUUCGCUAGAUUUGGGUUACCGAAGACAAUAGUUUCAGACAAUGGUACUCAAUUUGUGAGUCACCAAUUUCAAGAGUUUUUAGCGGAAAACGGCAUUAGUCAUAUACGAAGCAGUCCGUACUAUCCCAUGUCAAAUGGACAAGCCGAAAGGUUUGUGGAUACUUUAAAGCGAGCACUCAAAAAGUUAAAUGGGAAGGGGGUAACUGCUGCAAAUCUUCAAAUAUUUCUACAAGUUUACCGAUCAACUCCGAAUAAGCAAAAUGAGAACAGUAAAUCGCCAGCUGAAGUUUUACUAAAAAGAAAUAUCUGUAGUAAACUUGACUUGAUUAAAGAUAUCGCCAACGAAAAGUGUUUAGUUGAUGCAUUUGGCCUCUACGAAACAACACCUAAAGAUGUGGUCGAAAUAACUAACAAAAACAUGGUUUCGACCCCAGCUCAAUCUUUCAACGAAGUAACCGAGAUUGCAAUUCCUCAAACUGAGAAGCACAAUGAGGCAGUUGUUCCGUAUACCCGACCAAGGUGUACUAGACAUCCUAUUGACCGUUAUAGACCCUAG